AUGAAUUUAUUCCAUACAUUAGCGACAUACUGUAUAAGCCGGGUUAUAAAUUCGUUCGAUUCAUCUAUUGUAGUAGGCGGUGCUGUCACAGACAAUACAUCUGCAAAUAAAGUUGCAUGGAAAAUCUUGGAAGAAACAUAUCCCAAUAAGUUUUUUCAUGGAUGUGUUUGCCACUGCCUCAACUUAUUGGUAAAGGAUAUUUUUGGAGAUGAUACUCAAUCUGUUAAUUCUCCUUUGGGCAAGCUACCAGUCUUCGUCAAUGAGUGCAAAAAUAUUGUUGUUUUUUUUAAAAACCAUCACGCACUUAAUCAUACUUUAAAGGAAGCAUAA